GCACCUAUGUGGCUGGUGGCCAGGAUGCCACAGCCCGUGUAUAAAGGCUGCCCAGGGAAGAAGCCUCCAGACCAGCCCCGUCCUCCACCCCGACUGCACUCCAGCCCCACGCCACCAUGUGCCACACCAGCUGCUCCACGGGCUGCCAGCAGGCCUGCAGCACCUCCAGCCCCUGCCAGACAACCUGCUAUGUACCCAGCUCCUGCCAGACGACCUGCUAUGUGCCCAGCUCCUGCCAGGUGUCCUGCUGUGUGCCCAGCUCCUGCCAGCCUGCUGUAUGCCUUCCUGUGAGCUGCAAGCCCAUCGUGUAUGUGGCUUCCUCCUGCCAGUCCUCUGGGGACUGCCAGCCCUCCUGCCCCACCCUGGUCUGCAGGCCUGUUCCCUGUGGCACCCCUAACUGCUGCUGAGCCCAUGGCCUCCUAGGACCCCUCCUCUGUGUGGUCAGAAGCAGCUGUUCUCCGAACUCCUACCAGGCAGCCCAGACAUCAUCCACUUCAGACCUCCUGGACCCCAUAGACCAUCUUACAGCAAAGCCACUUGAUCC